AUGGCGAACCCAGUCGUCUUCUUUGACAUUGAGGCCGGUGGUUCCCCGCUUGGGCGCAUAGAGAUGGAGCUCUUUGCCGAUCAGGUCCCCAAAACGGCCGAGAACUUCCGCGCCCUGUGCACAGGCGAGAAGGGCGUUGGAAGGCUGGGCAAGCCCCUGCACUACAAGGGCAGCACCUUCCACCGGGUCAUCCAGGACUUCAUGUGCCAGGGUGGCGACUUCACGUCUGGAGACGGCCGUGGUGGCGAGUCGAUCUACGGCGAAAAGUUCGCGGACGAGAACUUCCGCCUGACCCACAGCACCCCAGGAAUGCUGUCAAUGGCUAACGCAGGUCCCAACACCAACGGGUCCCAGUUCUUUCUGACCACCGUGAAAACGCCAUGGCUGGAUGGCAAGCAUGUCGUCUUCGGCAAGGUUGUCAAUGGAUAUGAUGUUGUGAAGAAGGUUGAGAGCUACGGUAGCUCCAGCGGGGCAACCAAGAAGAAGAUCGUUGUUGCCGAUUGUGGCCAACUUCGAUGA